UGAUGCGUGUAUUUGAGAUGACUACGUCGUUGCAUUGAUGCUAGAACUAAAUCAUGUUUGUUACUAAUUAAAAAAAAUUUAAUGAAUCAUCAGUAAAAACAAGCACAAGAAGAAAACCAUUUCGUGAAGAAUCUCAGUCUAAAAUUUAUAAAAUGUCCAUUUUAGACGAGCGAGAAGAUUAUCUGAAGAAUCCGUUCUUCGUGAAGCAUGAAUACGGUGAUUUUACUCCAUUUUAUGUCACCGUCACUAUCUGUUCUCUGAUAUUUGCAUUCCUGUGUAUUUUGAACAUUGGAUUUUGCUGGUGUUCCCGUCAUCGAAAUUAUUGGCAAAGUCCUCAUACUGGAAAUAGAUGGAUUCAACCAUUAUGGACAGUAUUACCGCAUAAAACACCACCUUUAGACUUAAGUGAAUUAGAACCUGGAUGUGCUUUUCAAACACAAGAGAAACAGGAGGUUUUACAGUAUCACAAUCCUAAACCAUAUGGAACUGCACUACAAACACAGGAAUAUAUGGAGAUGCAAAAACGUGAGAGUGAAAUUUAAUUAGUU